AUGUCUUCCCCCAAAGAUCUUAUCACCACGGCCUACUAUCCCGAGCUUGCAAAGAUCAUCAACAAUGAUCCUACCGCUAUUGAGCGCUUAGAGCUCGAAUGUGGCAUGUGCCAGGACAAGAUGAGUAACCCAGAGGACAAGACUUGCGAUGCUAUCAUUUUCCCCUGCGGUCAUAUGUUCUAUCCCCCUUGUGUCAAAGAGUAUAGAACGCACACCCUUUCCAAUGAUAUCCCUUACAAAUGUCCUGUCUGUCGCACUGAUCUCAAAGGCAAGAUCUGUGGGUGUCCGGGCGACAAAGAUACGUUAUUCGAGCCCACUCAGCAUCAAGAUGAGAGCCUUUUGGCUAGACUGAAGGAUGAAAUCUCCAACCCCGAGGGCCCUUGCGUCUCGUGUCAAAUGGCUACAUUGGUCCGUAACUUGCGACGCAUCGCUCUCUACGAACACGAUCCCGCACCGUUGAUCAAAGACGGACAUAUGCUGCGAGUUACGGCUCAGAAACGCGAUGACAAGGAAGUUCGAGCAGAAUCUGACAACGCAGAAGUGGUCAGACAGUUGCCAAUAUCGGCAGAGCCUAUGGAACUGUUCAACCUUGCGGGAAGGGGCCUCGACACGGUAUGGAACGGGCUUGCUCAAGAGGAAGAAUCCACCCUGUUUGACUUUGAACUGGCUCUUUGCAAGCGAUAUCCUGAGGAACAUAAGGACUGGCCGCAUCGAAGAGGAUAG